GUCAUUGUUAUUGUGCAGCGCCACAAGUCAGCUCCAGCUGCUGCAGAUUUCGACACCACUUUUGUGUUUUUGUGUGUAUUUAGGUCGACGAAGGAGGAGGCCAAGUAAACAGCACGAUGGCGCUACCUAAGGACGCUUCAUCGGAGGACAAUUUGCAAGGCUCCUGGGUGGAGUUACACUUCAGCGGCGCGGCCUCCCACGGCGGCCAGGAGCUGGCCACGCCCACCUCCGCCCAGGAGGACGACAUGGAGAACAUGCUGCUGGACGCCCAACACGAGUCAGGCCGGAACAGCUCGGGCGGAAGCUCACAGUGCAACAGUCCACUCAGGGGACACACCCCGCUGCUCGUGUGGAGAGGCUCUGGUGGAAGUAGCCUGCAGUCGGACGAGGACCUCCAAGAGAGGAGGCAGGAAGUGGAGUUGAUGAUGAACAAAAACGCAGACUGGAUCUGGGACUGGUCCAGCAGACCUGAGAAUAAUCCACCAAAGGAGUUCCUGCUCAAGCACCCCAAGCGCUCCACCCCCCUGAGCAUCCGCAACACGGGCGCCAUGAAGAGGGGCGGCGUGCUCUCUGCCGACUUCCUGCAGCUCUUCCUGCCGUCCUUAAUCAUCUCGCACAUACUCGCCAUUGGAUUGGGGAUCUACAUCGGGAAGAGACUGACCUCCCACAGCACCUUCUGAGAACCCACGCCCUGUGACCUUUCUGUGACCUCGGCAUGCCUUAAAAAAAUGUGAAAAACCAAGCGACUCGGGUUUGGUUCGACUGAAAUUGUUGGCGGACGUCCGCCCUUCUGCUGUUUCUUGAGGAACUCAUUUGAUGAAUUGUACUAUGAAGUUGUUGUUCCACUGUGAUGAUGUAACUAUUGUGUUCAACUUGCUGUCAAAAUAAAAGA